GGGUUUGGUAGCAGAACCGAUUCACGCAUCGCUCCUAUCCUGCGUGUCUGAAGUCGCUCAAAGACCAGACGACGUCGUUGCACUGUUAGUUGGCCUUGUUUCUUUCUUCCCAACUAGUCAAAAGAAGCAUGUAGAAAUGAUGGAAUUCAAAAUUUUAAAAAGUAGGAAAACUGCGCAGAGGUUUCCCUCUUAGAAGAGAUGGGAGUGAAGAACUUAUGGGAAAUAAUAGAAUCGUGCAAGAAAACCUUACCGCUUCACCAUCUCCAAAACAAAAGGGUGUGCAUAGAUCUAUCAUGUUGGAUAGUACAACUUCAAAAUGUGAACAAAUCGAGAUCUGCAAUGCAAGACAAGGUCUAUCUGAGGGGUCUCUUUCACCGCCUCAGAGCUCUCAUAGCUUUGAACUGUACCCUUAUCUUUGUUACUGAUGGAUCAAUUCCAGCCAUUAAACUAGCCACUUACAGGCAGCGCUUGAAUUCUGGACUUGAGGUUACUACUCAGGAUGAAACAAAUAUGAAAGAAGCAUGCUCACUUCCAAGAAAUAUGGGAUCCGAAUUCUCACGCAUGAUUAAAGAAGCUAAAAUUCUUGGUUUGGCACUUGGAAUCUCUUGCUUAGAUAGCCUUGAGGAAGCAGAAGCUCAAUGUGCAUUACUCAACUCAGAAUCAUUAUGUGAUGGCUGUUUCAGUUCAGAUUCGGAUGUCUUUCUUUUCGGUGCAAGGACAGUGUAUAGAGACAUUUGCCUUGGGGACGGUGGUCAUGUUGUUUGCUAUGAAAUGGCAGACAUAGAGAGAAAACUUGGAUUUGGGAGGAACUCUUUGAUUACACUGGCCCUGCUUCUUGGAAGUGAUUACUCUCAGGGAGUUCGUGGUCUGGGUCCAGAGUCAGCAUGCCAGAUUGUUAAGUCAGUUGGAGACCAUAAUGUUCUUCAACAAAUUGCAUCGGGAGGACUCUCCUUUGCAAAGAAGACUAAAGCUUCAAAGAAACAGACACAGCUAAAGUCAUUUGGUCCUGAAUCGAAUGUUAAUGGGAGUGACAAAAUUUCGGAAAGGCAGAAUCAAUUUUUGCAAGUAAUUGAUGCAUAUUUGAAGCCCAAGUGCCACUCAGCAGAUUCGGAUACAGUCUAUAGGGUUCUUGCUCAACCACCAUUUCAAUGUGCCAAACUUCAACAACUCUGUGCUCGGUUCUUUGGAUGGUCAUCAGAGAUAACUGAUGAGUAUAUCCUUCCAAAAAUUGCUGAAAGAGAUCUGCGGAGAUUUUCCAAUCUACGUUCAACUUCAUCAAAACUAGGAGUUAAUCUUACUUUGCAUGAGAUACCAGUCAAAUGUCCUGUAUCUGGAAUCAUCAAACAUAGAAAAGUUCAAGGAAGAAAAUGCUUUGAGGUGCUGUGGGAAGGGUUUGAUGGACUUGAAACCUCUAUAGUUCCAGCAGAUCUUGUAGAGAGUGCUUGUCCUGAAAAGAUUGCUGAGUUUGAGGAGAAAAGAGCUCUGAGGAAGAAACAGAAUCAACGGACACUAAAAACAAAGAAAGCAGAAAACAUAACAACAGUUGCUGAAGUUGAUUUAGGGCUCAAAAAUUUGUUGCUCGACAUCGAAUCAGAAAGUAAUACUGUUUUUAACGACUCCUUUCCUUCAGAAGCAUCAACAUCAGAGGACAGCACAACUGCAGUGGCAGUUCAUUGUACAAACCAGGACCCUCUUAUUGUAGAGUCGCGAAGUGAUAGAGGUCAUGAUGCUACUGUUCCGUCCUUUCAUGCCAGUCCAAGUCUUCCAAAAAUCGAUAUAAUUGAUCUGUUGAGCCCUUCUCCACCACCACAGUUCCGUAUGGUUCCAAGAUGUCAAGAAGCGAGUGAUAAAUGUAUUGAUGUGAUAGAUUUGAGCGACUCGGAAACUGAGAUGUCAGCUGAACAUGCAAGGAAGGCGAGAGAGCUAAGAUCUUUUCUAGCUGGCAUCCGGCAUGCUUGAAGCCAAUAAAUGAAUAUGAUUAUGUAUUGCUGAGUAUCUAUAGCUUGUAAUAUAAAAUGAUGUGUAUGAGUAUGAGAUCCGAUCUUUUAAGUUGAAGAUAAAAGAAAUAGGUUGUAAAGAAGUAAAGAGAGUAGUGCUUGUAGAGACACUCGGUAUUACAUAUCAUUUUGAUGAUCCUAAAAUAACUCGACUCCUUCGCAUGUUACGCAAAUCA